CGCCUUCCUAACCAUUCCUCCCACCUCAAGCCUUCCCUUUAACAUAUGGACAGAAAGGGCGCUAGUCUCUGAAUGUAUAGUGUUCAGACUUUUCGAAGUUUACAACUUGUUGGGAACUAAAUAGCUGAGAAUGAUUGGGCCCCUAACACGACCCUGAGUAACUCCUGCAGAAUACUAUGAACAGUUUUGAUUAUUUUUUUCUAAGGAGGCAUUGGAGCCAGCCUGGAAAAGAUUUGUGCAGUUGAUCCCAGGGAUGGAAGAACUGUCUCAUCUGCAGAAAUUCAGUGGUUUGGGCCUGUACUUAUUGCAUUUUAGAAGAAAUAGAGGUAACCUUAAUUGAAACAGGAUACUUGAUAGAGUAGAUGCGGAACGAUUGCUUUCUCUGUUCGGACAGUAUAGGACCGGAAGAGACAAUGUCCAGAAUAAGGGGUGGGCCGUUGGAGACAGUGAUGGAGAAUUUCUUGUCUGCUGGUAGUGGACCUGUGGAAUUUUUUGCCAGAGACAUUAGUAGAGGCUGGGUAAUUAAUUAUCUUCAAGCUGAGAUCAACAGAUUUAUAAUUGCUGAGGGAAUUGAGGACUUUGGGGGGAAAAGGCAAGAAGAUAGAGUUGAGGAUUGUCAGAUGAGCCACGAUCUCAAUGCAUGGCAGGGCAGAUUUAAAGGGCUGAGUAGCCUACUUCACCUCCUACAGCAUAUGACCAGUGACCUGGGACUAAGAAUAUUGGUCUUCAAGAAUCCACAUCUCAUCUUCCUCAUUCAUGAGUAUUAAGCAGCGAAAGAGGUGUCAUUUUGAUCCUUUAGUUAAAUUAACUGAUUAGAGUGAAAGAAACAGGAAUAGUAUUAGAUCAUUCUGCCCAUCAAGCCUGUGCAACCAUUCAGUACAAUCAUGACUGAUUUUGAGCAUCAACUCCACAUUUCUGCCUCAGAGAUGAAGAUUAUCUAGUUCAGCCACAAAUGUAUUCAUUGAUGGAGCAUCCACAAGCCUCUGGUGUACCUGGAUUCCGUCCUAAAUAAUCAGCUCCUUGAAAUUGUGCCCCGUGUUCAAAACUUCCCAGCCAGAGGGAACAAGAUCUCAGUAUCUACUUUCAAUCCUUUUAAGCAUCAUGCAUGUUUUCGUGAAAUUGCCUCUUAUUUUUCUUAACCCCAAGGAAUACAGACUCAUUUUGCACAGUGUCUCAUUAUAUGCUUCUGGGCUGAAGGUUGUCCAGUGUACUGAAGCUUCACUAUAUUGUCUUCAAUCCUGCAACCUUCCAUAUAUAGUAAACAAAAACCUGUGCACCAUGCUGUGGGUUGGGUGUCCUUUCAAUAAAGGCCACUUGUUUUAUUUAUCUCUUGCUGUACCGAGAGCGGGAAUAGAAUCACAGCUCCUGGCAGGAAAUCAGUAAGGACUCAAUAGAAGAGGUUAAUCAGCUUUUUCUAUGUUUGCCACUCGGCAAGUGAAGAAAACGACUGGGACAGCUUCAGACAUUUCUGAAUCAUACACAUUCACAAGAAUGAUUUGCAAAACAAGUUUACUGAAUAAUUUUAAAUUUUAUUCUUAAUUUGGAAAGAAAAUUUGAUGGGCAAUAGAAGGAAAUAAACUUGCAAAGUGAUGGGAAUAGAAGGGAGGAAUGUGACUGGUUUGCUCCAGAAGAGUCAGUGCAGAUUCAAUGGGUCAUAUAGCUUUGUGUGCUGUGAUAACAAUUGGCUCUAUAGCACCACCAUGGCAGUGUAAUCAAAAACAAUCCUGGUAAUGGGUACAAUAGUAGUGUGCAACAAUGAAAUCACAGUUGGCAGCACAAAUUCUACUGAGAUUUUAUCAGAUAAAAGUCGGCAUUUGAUAACUAAACAGACAUUGAACUCUACAAACUCGGAACUUUGUGCUGCAGGAGUUUUCAACAGCACAUUGGACCAAGAGAAUACAAACUGAGUUCCAGCAAUAUGCUUUCUGGCUACAGAGUUUAACACUUCCUUGUAAAGAAACAAAUAAACCAAGAGAUUAGAGAUAAUGGGAACUGCAGAUGCUGGAGAAUCCGAGAUAACAAAGUGUGGAGCUGGAUGAACACAGCAGGCCAAGCAGCAUUUUAGGAGCACAAAAGCUGACAUUUCGGGCCUAGACCCCAAGAGAUUAUAUCAUUUCUGCCACAUCCCCACUGCAAAAAUUUUCUUUGGCAUCUGCAGUGAACCUGGAGAAUGAUGAAAAUCAUUUUGCUGGUAAUUUAGCCAGUGGGGAGCAUCACAAACAAACAAGAAUCAUUGCAAAGCUGGGAGUAAUUGAUAGCAUACUUGCCUCUGGGUCAGAAAGUUCAAGUCCAACUGUGGGGUUUGAAGACAAAAGUCAACACUGAUACUUCAUUGCAGUAUGAAGAGACUGCUGCAUUGUUGGAUGUGCUAUCUUUUGGAUGAAAUGUUAAUGUCCCCGAAGACCUCAUAGAAAGGUUGUUGUCAGAGUACCGCCACCGUCUCUACAUUCAGAGCUGUAAGCAGACGGGCAGUGGGCUGGCGAUUCUCAUGGACCAUCCUGCCCUUUUCACACACGUCCUGGGCAACAUGCUUCUCUAUACUAGACCUCUGAAAGUUCUGUCAGCAAAGAAGAAAUGUGUGAUUCUGAACUGUGCACCUUUACAGGAGAAUAAAGGAUCUGAAUCACUUACCGUUAGUCAUUUACGAACUAUUUUACUGGUGGACCACCUGGCUGAAGUGCUAAGGCAACAAGGCUGGGAAGUGCACAUAACACCAAAUCUUGCCCUAAAAACCUCUGUCUACAACUUUCUGAAAUUGUUGAGAGUCACUUGGCCAUGUACUCAACAAACCACAUCCAACGAGGAAGCUGUCUCCAACUUCAAGAAGAUUUUAUCAGAGUCAGUGUAUACGCAGCUUGGGAAGGACAAGGCCUCUUCAAACCAGGCGCAGAAUAUGCUACCAGAAGAUGUUUUGUUCAAGGUGCAUUUAAAACAGUUUGUGAAGGACAAGGAGCUAGAAGGUUAUGAUGCCAACUUGGACAUGGCUUUGGUGAAGGAGGAAGCCCUGAGGCAAAUUGCAGAGCUUCAACACAAAGUCGAAAAGGAGAAUGCCGAGGAUGGUUUGGUGAUCCAUGUGGUGGGCUGUGAAGAGGAGUUUCAGCAGCAGAAGAUUGACCUACUUUGGAGAAUCCUGAACACCAGCAGAGAUCGAGUGACUCAGAAACACCUUGUGUGUGGGUCAGUGAAAGUAAUUGGUGAAAGCUCUCACAUCAAUGCUGUACAAUAUUUUCAGUUUCGAAGGUCUCAAAUGCAGGAAGCCUCUGUGAUGAAAUAUGGAAACCUAGUACAAGGGGAUUCAUGGACUGAAAUAAUCUGCAGCAUGACUUCAGCCACCAUCAGGUUCGAGCUGUUAGCUACAGCCCACCGCACUCCAGUGAAUUUGGACCUGACACAAGCAGUCAACAUUUCUACAAAAGGAACUAAGAGUGGAGCAUUUGUGAUGUACAACUGUGCAAGGCUUGCAACAUUAUUUGAUCAUUUCAACAAGUCUGUUCAACAAGGCUUGUACCCAAAGUUCCCAGAAACAUCACAGCUAAAUUUUUCUGCUCUUCAGGAAGAGGGAGAGUGGCUAUUGCUGUACAAUUAUGUUAUUCCAUUCCAGGAAGUGCUUUGUCAGACUAUGCAAUCCUUGAGUUCAACUAAAGGAAUUCGUUUGACCAUCAACACUGAGACAGUCUGCAAGUUUCUUGUAAACCUCAGCAUAGAUUUCAGCUCCUAUUACAACCGUGUGCACAUACUUGGAGAACCAUUGGAACACUUGUUCAACCAGAUGUUUGCUCGCCUACAGCUGAUGAAAGCGUUGAGAGAAGUAUUUCACACAGCAUUGGGCACGCUGCACGUCACACCCCCAAGCCAGCUCUGAGAAUCCAGCUUCUCGUAUGUUCUAUACCUCACCCAGGAUAUGGAAGCAGAAAACUGGAUGGUCUUCACAUUCCACCGUCAGCUCAGUGAAGAGUAACACUGCCUGAGACCUGCCAACAGUGAGCAGAGCAGCUUGACAGGCCAGUGGAACAUCACUGUUUUACCUCCUUCAAAUCGUCAGAUGUGAAUGAGAUUUAAAAUAUUGAAGUUUGGCGUUCAACAUGGUACUACUCCAUAUACCAGCAGACAGUAGCUACCAGCUCUGCAUAUCGUCAUCUGACCCAAGAGCAUGUCUCACCAGAAGCAGAUGCAGGUGCUAGUUGCAAAAUCAAUUACAGUCAGAGUUGUCAAAUUACUUCUGAAAAAGAGCUUUCACCUCAUUAUGAAAUGAAUUCUGGUACAGGCCACAAUGCCACUUCACCAUUGAAACAUAUUUCUGCCUUCUACGUCCUGCUCUUAAUCUGAACACAUUCCAUUGUUUGUGCCCCCAACUGUAUUUCUGAAAUAAAAAUAAAUGAAU